AUGGCGACAACUCAUGAUCAGACGACAAUCUGGGAAGAAAUUGACCGCGCCGAAAAUUAUCUCGUUUGCUGUAUGUUCGAUGAGGCGGCGGCUCUAGCGUCCUCUGUUAUCAACCGAUUGCUUCGAAAUUUGAAUAGCAGCAAGGACAGCGAGGGUUCGGAGGAUUUCGAAAACGAUUGGGAUGAUAUGUCGGAAUCAGCUGGGAUGGUUUUUGUGCAAGCCUUGAAACAAUCGCGAAGGACCUCAGAAAUAUGGGAGGAGCUCAAACUGGUGUUUGGUUCAGUAAAUGCCAUACCUGUUCGAGUUAUCGUCACCGGGGUGUGUUUGCAAAUGUCAGAGAGCCUUUCGACUACAGCUCAAGGCUUUCUCGAAGAAUUUCUUGACAAUUGGUUGUAUGUGGGUGACCGUUAUUAUCCUCGCUCGGGUUCUGUGGAUAGUGCAUCCGGCACUGAAGGAUCUUCCUUCAUGUUUCCCAUUGGAGUUCAUGAGUAUUUCGAAGUUGUUGAGCUCUAUGUUAUAACACUUCUUGCUACUACUUUAAAUGAAAUGGAUCUUGCAAUAUCUUGGGCGGAGAAAGCCAUGCUUCCUAUUGAGAAGCGUCAGGAGCUUUUAAGGCGAUUAGAGUCCAUAAAUUCUUCGGUCACCAGUUCAUCCCAAAAGUCUAUAUCAACUCCGCUUUCGGAUCAGUUCUUCUCUGGAGACCGAGAACAGCAUAAUGAACAACAACAGCAAAAUGUUGAAUCUAAAUUCCUUCCCUCCAGGAUGAAUAUCACAGCAAAAGAUGAAAUUCUGAAGCUUUCUCAACAAAGAGCUCCACACUUUUGGUGGUCUCGUAACAUCCGUUUAAAAGUAGGCAACACAGAAUUAGUAGUAGCGAAUGGGAAGUUGCUGAUGGCUUCUCUUCUGUUGCUUAUGUACUAUUUCACAAGGAAAAAACAGGCUGCCUUGAAGAGGUUUCUUUUUGAGAAAGCCGGGUUCGUAAAGAAGGCUCUGGCGGACUUGUGGCAACUCGCGUUUUCGUAUCAAGUGAACCCUCUGGCUGCUGUUCAGACACUGCCUACCUCAACGCGUGGAAACCAUUGA